CGCAUUCGGGAGGAGACUCUGUCCCCCUCCCACUUCUUGGAGCGUGACUUCCGUCUCGACUGAGUCCUUGGCGACUGGUCCGUUGGUGAGAAACGAUGGCGGAAAACCUGUCCAAAGCUGUGCCCAAACACGUACACCAUCACCAAAGAUCGAGCCUUCACGAAGAUAUUCGUGAUCUAUGGAGCACGGCCACGAUGUCCACAGCGAACGUAUUGGUGGCCGACGUCUGCGAGGACUUCGACGAGGAGGGAAGAAUUGUAGGGAAGACUCGCAGGUACAGCCAGACCAUUUCUAUUCUGGAAAACCUCAACCUCAAGCCAGAAGAGAUCCAACAGCAAGCGCGUUUGGAGCUGGAGCUGCGCCGCGGCAGAUCCUUGGAGCGCGAUCCCGCGGUAGAUGAGGAGCACGACGAAUCUGAGACCUCCCUUGUAAAGUGUACUUCAGAAACAUCAGUCAGCCUGUCGAAGCAAAUGCCACAUCAAGCCUACUGGACAGAGCAGCAGAACAGGCUGCCCCUGCCCCUGAUGGAACUCAUGGAGAAUGAAGUUCUGAACAUUCUCAGCAAAGCCCUCAAUAGUGAGCACCCCCACCCCAGCUUCCACAAAACAUCCUGGUGGCUUUGGCAGGGCUUGGGGCUUCAGGAAUGGAAUUUCAGGAUGUGUAUGUCUUGUCAGAUCGCGUUAGCACUCACAAAUAUUCCAAGGGAUCCCCCAAAAUUAAAAGUCGAGAGACUAGGCACAGGUAGACUCAAUGGUUUUCUCCACUUGUCCAGUGGAGUUUUGCUUUACUCCCAGGGGAGGGAGCUGUGAUACAUCUGGAGUAUUUGGGUAAAUUUACUGGAUGGUGAGUGACCUUCUGUUCACAAUAGAUAAGCA